GAGAGGAGAGCGUACACUUCGCAUGCGCAUCCCCUUUACAUCCCCAUGAACUACCAGUCGCUCCGGUAGCGUUGACGUCGACGUCGCGUUGUUGUAGUCGUCGCCGUCACCGGUGCUGCGACGACACGCUCUUUCUCGUCGCCUCGCCUGUUCGCGAAGGAUCCGCACAAUUUUUUCAAUUUUUCUACGCACGCGGAAACGUACAGCGUGUGUUACUCGAUUCUGUGUGGCACUGAUUGUGUUCCUCGACAGUUUCCACCUGUCGUACCGCUCUCUCGGACGUUUCAUCGACGAUUAAAUAGAUCUCGAAGGAAAUUAUCCGAAACACCAUGCGACAGGCUGUCAUUGUAAGACGUGCGAGGAUUAAUUACGGUAAGAGGUAUCCGAAUGAAAUGUUGUCUGUGCCAAAUCGAUGAGAAUCCUUAUGGAACGCUUAUAAAGACGUCUGGCAUGUUGUAGUUGUAUCUCUCAUCGUGAAACGACCGCAAAACGAACCGCGAUUCUUUAGUUAGAGGAGAAGCAAACAGCAGUAGCACGUUCGCGAUGGCCAUAUCGAGACCGUAAUAGGUCUCGGGUGCCAUAUAAUAAAGAAGACGAAGCAGCACGUUGACGACGAGAGCGUGCAGAUGGAAUUCAGAAAGAUGGCUCAGGGAUUGAUUCUAUGUCUCGUCCGCGCUAAGACGUGCCCGCACGGGUCUUGAUCUCGUCUACUCAUCGUCAGUGAUCUCGUGCAGUACGGCUAGUGACUUUGUGCCGCGUUGUUUCAUUGGGACGGAUGUUCGUAGAGAUCGCAAGCUCGAGGAAGAAACGAAAAGAUUCAACUAUCGGGCGGACCUCGGGCAGACGGCAAUCAGGUGCAGCGGAAAAAUACGAUCGAGCGGCGAAAGGAUGGAUUCGCCCCGGAACCGCGGUUUAGUCUUCGAGUUGCCGCUGCCGCACCCUUGCCAAUUUGACAUGCGCAAUGACCCGUACAUAGAUUCUCCUUUCACAGUCGAUAAACGGCCCAAGAAGAGACAUACUCAUCGCAGACACUGACACUCGCCAGGAUACUAAGAAGAUAUUUAUAAUGGAUUACGACAACCUAACUAACUUAAUGGACAACAAUACAGUCGUGCAUUGCGUUGUCGAUUUGUCAAUUAUUGGUUUGGUCAAUCAGAUCCUUUACUUCAUUGUCUUUAUCGUUGGAAUUUUCGGGAAUUCUCUAGUCAUUUACGUCAUUUCACGUUUCUCGAGUAUGCAAACUGUUACAAAUAUGUACAUUGUAAACUUAGCGAUUGCGGACGAAUGUUUCUUAAUCGGCAUACCGUUUCUAGUGACGACAAUGAUUUUGCAUAAUUGGGUCUUCGGUAAAUUCAUGUGCAAGGCAUACAUGACCACGACGACUAUCAAUCAGUUUACAAGCAGCCUCUUUCUGCUAAUCAUGAGCGCCGAUCGCUACGUCGCUGUAUGUCAUCCAAUUUCAUCCUCUAAGAUACGCACGCCUCUCAUUUCCAAAAUAGUUUCGUUUACCGCGUGGGCCACUAGCAUUCUCUUCAUGAUACCGGUUUUUCGUUAUGCGGAUACCAUGGAAUACUCAAAUGGACAUGCCAGUUGUAACAUUUUUUGGCCCAACGAUCGCGGUGGCCAGACUGCUUUUAUUCUUUAUUCCUUUAUCCUAGGCUUUGUCCUUCCCCUCAUAUUCAUAUUAAACUUCUACUUUCUAGUGAUAAAAAAGUUACGAACAGUAGGUCCGCAAAACAAAUCGAAGGAGAGAAAGCGGCAUCGAAAAGUUACCAGACUAGUCUUAACGGUGAUUACUGUAUAUAUAUUCUGUUGGUUACCCUACUGGGUGACCCAAUUAGCUUUGAUAUUCACCCCACCGAGACAAUGUCAAACCAGCAUGAGCAUUGCAAGCUUUCUCUUAGCUGGUUUCCUCAGUUAUAGCAACAGCGCAAUGAAUCCGAUCCUAUAUGCUUUUCUAAGUGAUAACUUCAAGAAGAGUUUCCUGAAGGCAUGCGCUUGUAUAACUGGCAAAUCCAUGAAUCAAUACAUCAACGAAAACAGUAUAUUUCUACGGAGGAACAGGGGUAACACCGAUGGACUGCAGUCUAACCCUGGACACUCCAGAUUAGAGCUUGAUGACGAGGAGGGAGAAAGAGGAUUACUCUUCAGCAAGACUUCCACCACCGCGGUGACCAUGACUUCGCGAUCAAACAUUACGAUUAGCAGCGAAUCCAAGGACGUGGCGCAGAAGAAAAAUAUUUUAACUAAGAGAGGUGUACAGUUAACUUUGACAACGCAGGUUUAAAAUACCGUCGUCAGAAUUGCUGUGACUUCUGAAAGAAACUUUUCGUUGCGAGAGCCAUAAGUCGGAGGGUUGGCCUUUCAGGGCUUAUACAUUCUAUGAUUAUAGUAACGACACCCGAAUGCGCUAUCACCGAUUGUGAGUAACAAAAUUAUCCAGUUGUUAUCGUCAGGGUCGAAAGAAUAGCGCCAAAAAUUCCAUUCCCGCAUCGGAAGUUCAUCUUCUUCUACAUUGACAUUUAACUAAUGUAUCGAAAUCAGUGUACAACUCUGCUAAAGAUAUCAUUUUGUAUCUAUUGACGAUAGAUACAAUAAUUCAACGUAUUUUUAUCUACAUAAUUUUUUCCAUUGCAAUUUGCAGCCUCAUUGGUCAUCAACAAUAACAUGGCUCAAUCAGGUGUCAUCACUGUAUCCUAUAAUCACAGGAUCCGACGAGCAGAUUUUGAGGUGUAUAUGAAAGAUAUUCAAAUGUUGAAGAUAUUAAGAGAUAUUAAGAUGUAUAAAAAUGGUUACUUGGUUAUAAUAAUUACAAUGAUUACAUUAAGAAUGUUUUAAAGAUGAGUUCUCAUAUUAAAUUAUGUAUGUUUAAAUGUAAGCGA